AUGGACGAUGGAGUAAACACUGACGAGGAGGUUGUCCAGUUUGUUGACAAAUAUAUUUCGUCUGAGAACUUGGAGGAAGUCCAAGAUCAACUGGACGAUGACAUCUUGGAGGAUGCAUGGGGCUUGCUCUGCCCAGAGCAGGAGGCGGAGAGGCUGGAGACGAGGGAGGAGUACAGGGAGAUGUUAGAGGCGAUGGGCUCUGAGCAUGAGCAAGACCCCAUUCCAGACUUGGCUGUAAGGAAUGAGCAAAUCGGCGCGCAGAGGAGGAGGCAGACGCGUACCCCUGCAGACCUGACAGGUUCUACCCGCAUAGAGCCAGAAGAAGAGCAAGCCAACAAACGAGGCGAGAAGCGGCGACAGUUCCCCCUUAAACUUGCGUGGGCCUGUACAGUUCAUAAGGUCAAGAGUCUGGGUGUCAUCCUCGACAGUUCACUCUCCUUCCAAUCUCACAUCAAUAAUAUCUCUCGGUCCGCCUACUUCCACCUGCGCAAUAUGUCUCGUCUCCGCCCCCUCUCUCACCCCCCACACCAUCCUCGUCUCCGCCCCUCUCUCACCCCCCACACCACCCUCGUCUCCGCCCCUCUCUCACCCCCCACACCAUCCUCGUCUCCGCCCCUCUCUCACCCCCCACACCACCCUCGUCUCCGCCCCUCUCUCACCCCCACACCACCCUCGUCUCCGCCCCUCUCUCACCCCCCACACCAUCCUCGUCUCCGCCCCUCUCUCACCCCCCACACCACCCUCGUCUCCGCCCCUCUCUCACCCCCCACACCACCCUCGUCUCCGCCCCUCUCUCACCCCCCACACCAUCCUCGUCUCCGCCCCUCUCUCACCCCCCACACCACCCUCGUCUCCGCCCCUCUCUCACCCCCCACACCACCCUCGUCUCCGCCCCUCUCUCACCCCCCACACCACCCUCGUCUCCGCCCCUCUCUCACCCCCCACACCACCCUCGUCUCCGCCCCUCUCUCACCCCCCACACCACCCUCGUCUCCGCCCCUCUCUCACCCCCCACACCACCCUCGUCUCCGCCCCUCUCUCACCCCCCACACCACCCUCGCCUCCGCCCCUCUCUCACCCCCCACACCACCACCACCCUCGUCUCCGCCCCUCUCUCACCCCCCACACCACUCUCGCCUCCGCCCCUCUCUCACCCCCCACACCACCCUCGUCUCCGCCCCUCUCUCACCCCCCACACCACCCUCGUCUCCGCCCCUCUCUCACCCCCCACACCACCCUCGUCUCCGCCCCUCUCUCACCCCCCACACCACCCUCGUCUCCGCCCCUCUCUCACCCCCCACACCAUCCUUGUCUCCGCCCCUCUCUCACCCCCCACACCACCCUCGUCUCCGCCCUCUCUCUCACCCCCCACACCAUCCUCGUCUCCGCCCCUCUCUCACCCCCCACACCACCCUCGUCUCCGCCCCUCUCUCACCCCCCACACCACCCUCGCCUCCGCCCCUCUCUCACCCCCCACACCACCACCACCCUCGUCUCCGCCCCUCUCUCACCCCCCACACCACCCUCGUCUCCGCCCCUCUCUCACCCCCCACACCACCCUCGUCUGCGCCCCUCUCUCACCCCCCACACCACUCUCGCCUCCGCCCCUCUCUCACCCCCCACACCACCCUCGUCUCCGCCCCUCUCUCACCCCCCACACCACCCUCGUCUCCGCCCCUCUCUCACCCCCCACACCACCCUCGUCUCCGCCCCUCUCUCACCCCCCACACCACCCUCGUCUCCGCCCCUCUCUCACCCCCACACCACCCUCGUCUCCGCCCCUCUCUCACCCCCCACACCACCCUCGUCUCCGCCCCUCUCUCACCCCCCACACCAUCCUCGUCUCCGCCCCUCUCUCACCCCCCACACAACCCUCGUCUCCGCCCCUCUCUCACCCCCCACACCACCCUCGUCUCCGCCCCUCUCUCACCCCCCACACCACCCUCGUCUCCGCCCCUCUCUCACCCCCCACACAACCCUCGUCUCCGCCCCUCUCUCACCCCCCACACCACCCUCGUCUCCGCCCCUCUCUCACCCCCCACACCACCCUCGUCUCCGCCCCUCUCUCACCCCCCACACCACCCUCGUCUCCGCCCCUCUCUCACCCCCUACACCACCCUCGUCUCCGCCCCUCUCUCACCCCCCACACCACCCUCGUCUCCGCCCCUCUCUCACCCCCCACACCACCCUCGUCUCCGCCCCUCUCUCACCCCCCACACCACCCUCGUCUCCGCCCCUCUCUCACCCCCCACACCACCCUCGUCUCCGCCCCUCUCUCACCCCCUACACCACCCUCGUCUCCGCCCCUCUCUCACCCCCCACACCACCCUCGUCUCCGCCCCUCUCUCACCCCCCACACCACCCUCAGCACUUCACAACCUGCUCCUCCUCCACUUAUCUGACCUCCUCCACCCUGCCACUCCUGCUCCUCCUCCACCCUGCCACUCCUGCUCCUCCUCCACCCUGGUCCUCCUCCACCCUGCCACUCCUGCUCCUCCUCCACCCUGCCACUCCUGCUCCUCCUCCACCCUGCCAUUCCUGCUCCUCCUCCACCCUGCCACUCCUGCUCCUCCUCCACCCUGCCACUCCUGCUCUUCCUCCACCCUGCCACUCCUGCUCCUCCUCCACCCUGUCACUCCUGCUCCUCCUCCACUCUGCCACUUCUGCUCCUCCUCCACCCUGUCACUCCUGCUCCUCCUCCACCCUGUCACUCCUGGUCCUCCUCCAUCCUGCCACUCCUGCUCCUCCUCCACCCUGCCACUCCUGCUCCUCCUCCACCCUGUCACUCCUGCUCCUCCUCCAUCCUGUCACUCCUGCUCCACCUCCACCCUGCCACUUCUGCUCCUCCUCCACCCUGCCACUCCUGCUCCUCCUCCACCCUGUCACUCCUGCUCCUCCUCCACCCUGCCACUCCUGCUCCUCCUCCACCCUGCCACUCCUGCUCCUCCUCCACCCUGCCACUCCUGCUCCUCCUCCACCCUGCCACUCCUGCUCCUCCUCCACCCUGCCACUCCUGCUCCUCCUCCACCCUGCCACUCCUCCUCCACCCUGUCACUCCUGCUCCUCCUCCACCCUGUCACUCCUGCUCCUCCUUCACCCUGUCACUCCUGCUCCACCUCCACCCUGUCACUCCUGCUCCUCCUCCACCCUGUCACUCCUGCUCCUCCUCCACCCUGUCACUUCUGCUCCUCCUCCACCCUGCCACUCCUUCUCGUCCUCCACCCUGUCACUCCUGCUCCUCCUCCACCCUGUCACUCCUGCUCCUCCUCCACCCUGCCACUUCUGCUCCUCCUCCACACUGCCACUCCUGCUCCUCCUCCACCCUGUCACUCCUGCUCCUCCUCCACCCUGUCACUCCUGCUCCUCCUCCACCCUGCCACUUCUGCUCCUCCUCCACCCUGUCACUUGUGCUCUUCCUCCACUCUGCCACUCCUGCUCCUCCUCCACCCUGUCACUCCUGCUCCUCCUCCACCCUGUCACUCCUGGUCCUCCUCCACCCUGCCACUCCUGCUCCUCCUCCACCCUGCCACUCCUGCUCCUCCUCCACCCUGUCACUCCUGCUCCUCCUCCAUCCUGUCACUCCUGCUCCUCCUCCACCCUGCCACUCCUCCUCCACCCUGUCACUCCUGCUCCUCCUCCACCCUGUCACUCCUGCUCCUCCUUCACCCUGUCACUCCUGCUCCACCUCCACCCUGUCACUCCUGCUCCUCCUCCACCCUGUCACUCCUGCUCCUCCUCCACCCUGUCACUUCUGCUCCUCCUCCACCCUGCCACUCCUUCUCGUCCUCCACCCUGUCACUCCUGCUCCUCCUCCACCCUGUCACUCCUGCUCCUCCUCCACCCUGCCACUUCUGCUCCUCCUCCACACUGCCACUCCUGCUCCUCCUCCACCCUGUCACUCCUGCUCCUCCUCCACCCUGUCACUCCUGCUCCUCCUCCACCCUGCCACUCCUGCUCCUCCUCCACCCUGUCACUUGUGCUCUUCCUCCACUCUGCCACUCCUGCUCCUCCUCCACCCUGCCACUCCUGCUCCUCCUCCACCCUGUCACUCCUGCUCCUCCUCCACCCUGUCACUCCUGCUCCUCCUCCACCCUAAUGGGGCUCGUCCGGGACACAGGGGACUUCAUACUGAGCCGUGGCAUGGGCGUGGCCGUGUUGUCCGUUCCGUUACACAGGAUGAGUUUGGAGUGUGAGCUGGUGCGGGGAGAGACUCUGGUGGUGGUGUCUGGGCUGACACAGACUCUGGUGGUGGUGUCUGGGCUGACACAGACUCUGGUGGUGGUGUCUGGGCUGACACAGACUCUGGUGGUGGUGUCUGGGCUGACACAGACUCUGGUGGUGGUGUCUGGGCUGACACAGACUCUGGUGGUGGUGUCUGGGCUGACACAGACUCUGGUGGUGGUGUCUGGGCUGACACAGACUCUGGUGGCACAUGGCGGUGGUCUGGCGGAGGUGAUAAUACCUACCAGCGUCACCAUACGAGACACAUGUCUGGAGGAGGAUGAUCAGGACCUGCUGGACCUGGCUCAAAAAGAGUCCAGCCCUCCACUGGUGACGACUGGUCCUCCGACUUUGGACUGUCCACCUGUGCCCAGCCCUCCUGCCAUCGCCCCUCGGACCAUGGACCACGGACUUGUGACCAACCCUCCCCUUGUGGACCGUCUGACCAUCGACCCUUCAGCUGGACCCAGUCAGCCUCCUCUGCCUUCCACCAGCAGCAUUCCACCAGCUGUCCAAGAGGAGGGUGCUUCUGCUCCUGGGAUCCAAGCUAAGUCCACUACACAGUCUCUACCAGUGCCUUCAGUUGUUAUGGGAAGUUUUAAUCAGAGUGACACUGAGAACUUGGAGGAAGUCCAAGAUCAACUGGACGAUGACAUCUUGGAGGAUGCAUGGGGCUUGCUCUGCCCGGAGCAGGAGGCGGAGAGGUUGGAGACGAGGGAGGAGUACAGGGAGAUGUUAGAGGCGAUGGGCUCUGAGCAUGAGCAAGACCCCAUUCCAGACUUGGCUGUAAGGAAUGAGCAAAUCGGGUCCCCUGAGCUCACGCGGAAACUCAUACGUUUCAGAGCUGAAAACGAGGAGAAGUUUUUAAAGUCCAGAUAUAGCGCCAAAAAACAAUGGGAGAUCUUUUUAAAGGAGAACGGGCUGGAGGGGAUAGUUCGUCCAGAUAAGGCUUCCAAAAAGUGGGAAAACUUAAAAAGGAAAUAUAAGGAGUUAAAACUCCUGAAAACAGGCAAAGGAGGUACUGAGGAGGGGGAGAAAACUGCUGCUGAUUGGCAAUACUUUGAGGAUAUGCAUGAGGUGCUGGGCUCCAGACCAUCGGUGGAUCCUCCUGUUGUUGUGGCCUCAUUCCUGGAGGAUGACAACACAACCAUAGUGCUGGAAAUUGAGGAGCCCAGCACCUCUGCAGCUGCACCAUCCUCAUCUACUGCAAAUCAGGAUGAGUCCCAACCCACAGCAUCAUCUGCUCCACCUCCAGCUCCUCCUGCUGCAUCUCCCUCUCCCCUUUGCCGCUCUUCUCAUUUUGUUGUGGGGGGGGGUGGGGGGGGGGGGGGGGGGGGGGUGGGGGCGGGGGGGGGGGGGGGGGGGGGGGGGGGGCGGGGGAGGGGCGGGGGGGGGGGGGGGCGGGGGGGGGGGGGGGGGGGGGGGGGGGGGGGGGGCGGGGGGGGGGGGGGCGGGGGGGGGGGGGGGGGGGAGGGGGGGGGGGGGGGGGGGGGGGGGGGGGGGGGGUGGGGGGGGAACAAUGGAGGGGGGGCGCGCGGGGGGGACGCGGGAAAGAUGUGGAGGGACAGGGGGGGGUAUUGGGGGAUUGGUACCGCGGGGGGGGCCGGGAUCGGCGGGGGGGGGGCGGGGGAAAGGCCCCACCCCCCGGGGCAAAGCGGGGGGGGGCGGGGGGGGGGGGUGGGAUGGGGGGGGGGUGAAGAUGGGGGGGGGGGGGUGUGGGGGGGGGGGUGUCAACAGAUCAGUACGUGA